AGCCCUGGAAGAAGCAAGCCAAUUGAAACAUCCGGCACAAAGUGCUUUUUCAUUUGGGCUGCUUUAUUGAUUGCAUUCCAUUAAGGGUCUGCUUUAUCGCAGUUCCUCGUCAAGAUAGAGCUACACUCAUUAACUUUAAGUAAAACAUUAAGUUUGAAUUCUCUGAUGGGAAGAAGAGAGUGCGCACUGAGAGCAGCGUGGAUGGAAGCAGGCGGAGAAGAUCAAUACGUGACAGCCAGCCGUGAAGCUCAUUCCGGGACGGUUGAGCAGGUCCGUCUGCGGUGCACGGAGGGUUCUGUGGAAUGGAUGUACCCGACCCAGGCACUGCGAGUCAUCCUGGAGCCCAACCUCUCCAGUGCGCGACACACCACCGUCUGCAUCAAGUCUUUCCGCAGCUUCGGCGGAGCCAACAUCUACGUGGAGCGCACCGGGGAGUUGGACCACCUGGUGAACGAGCAGGCGGGCCGGCGGGAGCGGGUGUACUGUUUUAGGGCGGACAGCCCGCAGCACGCCGCUGUCUUCCUGCAGGCUAGCCCCCGGCAAGACAUCAGCAGCCGCAAGGUGGGCUUUCAGUACGAGCUUUUGAGUACCCACAACCGGACGCACGACUUCCACAGAAAGAACUGCCUGUACCAUCAAAAAAUUAAACAGUAACCAACCCUGUGCUUAAAAAAAACUAACAAGUACAAAGAGAAUGUGAGGAACUUCAUAAAACUAGCAGGGAACGACUCGAGGCAAUCAUGGCGUGGUUCCUUUCUGCAAGCAAGAUGUUUCUUGUUGGGUUUACACAGGUAAUAUCGCUUUUAGAAAAGGGUGCCCCUCACCCGAAAUGUGGAAAAAUAAACUAGAAUGCAGAAUUUGUAGGCAUGAUAACACUUUUAGUUUUCUGGUAAAGAACCAUUGCUGGUAUGAAGCGUGUGGAUAUACCUACAGGCCAUCUAAUUGGUUUCCCCCAUUGAUACAAUACACUGCUUUGUGUAUCUGCAAUCUGGAACCCUGCUAAUGGCGCUAUAUAUAUAUAUAUAUAUAUAUAUAUAUAUAUAUAUAUAUAUAUAUAUAUAUAUAUAUAUAUAUAUAUAUAUAUCUAGCUAAAACAUCUGCUCAGUUCCGGGUAGAGAACAGUGUAUUGUAUGAAUGGGGUGGUAAAGCAAGUCAAGAUUCAUUUUUUCAGAAGGGUCCAUUUUCGCCUGUUGGGCACCCAUAGCUUCUUCAAUACAGGACCCGAACAGGGAAUGACAAGCAGACUUCCGGUGUAGCGCUUCUGUAAUGCAAACAGACGGGCGAGUUCACAGAGACUGCGCAGCAUGUUGGCAGAUGAAGGGGAUUGCUUGUGAGGUUAAAUGAAGUGGUAAAUGCCCACGGAGAAUACAGUUAGCAAAGCGUUUAAAGCCGAACACAGCACACAAAUAGGUGCAUCGAUUUCGAACAUACUGAUCAUUCUCAAGACAGGACCGAAGGGGAGACUGAGUAAUGGUUCUUACAAUGCUGGCAUUCUUCAGAUUCCGAGCCCAGAGUAAGAGCAGGUGGGGUGAUGUCACUCUGCUGGCCUGCAAACGUGACCUUGGAAAUGCAACAACUCGUUUUCAACAGUUGCAAUAAACUGAAAACUAAUGCUCUCAAUGUUGUAUUUUAUGAUGAUGAGUAAAAAUGACGCUGAUUGCUAAUUCCUCCAAUUAAGAUAAGAAACAAUGUGUUAAGAGCUGCAGGUGAGCAAAUGGGGCAAUUAAGAGAAUUGUUUUAGAGAACAAAAAGGACCUUGGAGCGGAGCAAGUUUGUUUUUCUUUGUCUUUCUGUUAUUUUUUUGUUUUUUUUUUGGAGGGCGUUUUGUUCAAUACUUUUUUUAUUUACCAGACCGUUUGCUUUUGAGUUUGAGGGAACUGUUCAGAUCAUACUUUUCUGAAUGAAUUAAAGAGCCUGCAAUGGUUCAGUUAAUCUGUUAAAUACAGGGAUGUCUGGUCUCGACGCUGGGUGAGGGCAUGAGGGCUGCCUACCCUGCUGCUGAAGAGGAGCCCUGUUUACCGCAGCUCUCUUUAAGAGGGUUUCUGUCCUGGUGAGGAAGCUGGACUGCAGUCUUCUUUUCCCUUGGAUUCAGAUUGUCAGUGCUGCACUUGGUAAGGCUGUUCUUUGUAUUCUACAGACAGAGCUGGGUUAGCUUUGGGAUGUGUGGGGCAUUCUCAAGGGGAUGUGUAUAGUGAUCUUGGGAUUAUGGGAUUUCUUUAUUUUUGAUUGAUUUUAAACCUGAACAGGUUCAUAUUACAUGUGUGUCACGUAAUAAAGACAUUUCAGUUUGGUUGCAUUUGUAGCUCAUAAGCUUGAUUCUGAAAUGCUUCUCUGUGAACCUUCUGAUCUGGAGCGAUCACACCCUGGUUUAUUCACUUACAGAGUGUAGUUUGGAACUUGGGUUUUGGGAGAAUAAACUAAAAAAGCUCAUAUCUUGGUUUGGAACGAGGAGCUGUUGGGCUCUCUCUCCGAGAGAGGGAUCGUUCCACUGCGAUGCUGCUCUUGUCUGGUGAUGUCUCAACGGUGGUGAGACAGACAGGGCAGAGAUUGUUUCAAGUCAGUGAACUGGUUAAAAGAGUCAAUGGAGGAGAAAAAGGGAAACUUCUAAAAACAUGCAAUAGAAUGAACUCUACAAAUGUCUAAAGCGUCAUUUUAAUUGGCACUUUGUUUUUGGUUUAUUAACUGUUACUGGUUUGAUCAUUUUCAGGUAACGUGGACUGGUUUAAAUCUGAAGUUGGAGGUAUUUUUGUGGUUUGGUAAAUUUGUAUGUUUUCAUUAAGAUCUCAUUCUAAUGCAGAUCUACCCUACUAGUUGUUGUAAGCCACAAGCUUUCAGAAACAAACACCCACCCAAACAAGAACAUAUAUAAACAGAGCGUGCUAAGAGUUGCAAAACUGUUUGCAGUGCAAAAAUAAUAGGAUUGUCAUACAGCAUAGAGUAAUAUUGCAUUUAAACUGUGGCAUCAUGUUGCAUUACAGGACCUUGCACAAUGUAAUUUAUCAUUAACAAUUAAGCUUGACUCUCCUUAAGCACUGAUAUGUUCUCCUGCUAACUUGUAUCGAUAUGUUUGCUCUGUCUAAAUCUCUAUAAAAUAAAGGAGGUAUUGGCAGUUUUAGUCAGUAACAGAUCAUUUUUUUUAUUAUUAUUAUUAGGACAGUGAACUACAUAAGUUUAUAAAAAGCUGUCGGCUAUCAAAGCUACCCGUGCAUUUUUGUGUGUGUUUCCCCACAAUGGGACACACACACAACGCUUGAUAUUUAAUGCAAAUGGAAUUGCUGCACCGUAAAGAACACAGGAGCCUCCAGUACAGCACAAUCAACCGACUUUUAAAAGAACACGUUUCUACUUGGCUGAGCACGAUUCACAAAUUGAUGUCCUGAACUUUUUAUUGGGACUAAAUAGCUGCUAAUGAAAGAAUAAAUGACUUUGGUUUGAAUAGCUACCGCACAAUGAGCAGUCCAUGACAAGCUUCUCCUCGACAUAAUGAUUACUGUGGCAGUAGCAGUCACCCUGUCAAUAGACAGGUGAGCUCAUGAAUCAUUAAAGACAAGUUCACUGGGGGAUGUGCACUGAGGUACAGAGAGGGGUCUCUGUGUGUGUGUGUGUGUGUCAUUUUUCACACAGGAGACACUGAUGUCUCGAACUGAAGUCUGGUACAGAAACUCGACUCUGAUGCAAGGUAAAUUAUUUGAGAUUAAAAUAAACACAAUUUCAAGUUACCAAACAAGAGCAGCAAUGUGUGUGUGUUUUCUCUUCUUAAAUACUGGAUCAAUAGGGUUUCUAAUACCAGUUCGUUUUUACUUGGGUUGAAGUUUGGCUUUGCUCUGGCAUUCUGACAAAUUAGUUCCCAUUACACUCUGUAA